AUAACCAUGAUAAAGUACUUAGAUAUCCUAGGAAUAGAUUAUAUUAGACUUUUUAACCUAAUUAUAAAAACUAGAGCUAAAUAUAUUCUAAUUAAAAUUAACUAUUUUAGUUAUUAUAUCUUUACUAAAGCUUUAAAAGAAGCUAUUACUAGAAACUUCUUUAAAUUUAUUAAAUCUAUUACCUAUUUUUAUAGAUGGCCUCUUAUUAUCUAUACUAAUAAUAGUAGUUAUUUUAUAGAAGUGGAAUAUACUAAAUACCUAAAGUUAAUAGGAACCAAGCUAAUUACUAGUCUAAUCUCCACACCUUAG